CAAAUCGUUUCCUUGUUAAAAAUUCCCUCUUCGUUUGAGCUCUUUGACGAUGGCACCGCCAGAUUCCUCCAUGGAUCUCUCCAUUGUCAAGCUCCUCGAAGAAGACGACAAGGAUGACGCUAAGCAUUCGGAAUAUGACUUGGAAGUGUUUCAGAAAGCUCUGAUUCGAGAUAUCGAAGAAUUAAAGCAAACUCAGUCUACGAAACUGCAAACGAUGAGUAGCCCACAGGCUCAUAGGGUGGAACAGCCUGUUGUCCCUGUGAAUCAUGGUCUUACACUAGCACAAGUUUGUGAUUUGCUUCGUAUCUUAGUAGACCAAAACAAAGAUAGAAAGAGUUAUUUUCAAACCCUGUAUAAUAAAUUCAAGGGAAAAGAAAUAACAACAGAGGGGCUCAUACAAAAUCUGAAGGCUGCUGUUGGUGAUCAGAUGAUCAGAUCGGCAAUUAGCAAAUUGCAUCAGCAACAACCGGUUAAUCCGAGGGUCAAAGUACCUGGACGCCAAAACCAUGACAUAGUGUCUAAAUCUGCUGAAACCAGUGCUCAAGAAUCAGAUCCUCGUGAAGUUCAAGUUAACCAACCGCCUUCUACAACUUCAGGCACCUUAAGCAGUUCAGCUACUGUGCAGGGCUUAAAUAAGCAACCCAAGCAAUACAUGCAGCUUUCAUCAAGUUCUUUUCAUAUGGGUACCAACUCUGGAAGUCUUAAUUCAUACCCAGGGACAAAUGUCAAUUCUCCUGGUUCAUUGCCGAGCGCGAGACUUCCUCAUUUCCAGCACAUCUCUUAUAAUCAGAAUGUGGUACCAGCCAGUGUUCAAGGACCAACCAAGUCUACUAUAAACAUGACGACAAUACCCAAGAUUAAGAGGCCAACUUCUAUAAAUGGCCCAAGUAGGGUUCAGGAUGGUCCUGUAUCCAACUUCCAAAACAACUCAUCCCUGCCUCUAUAUUCUUCUCCUUGGCAAGAAUCAGUCACCAAGGACCAUACAGUGGGCCCUUCGUCAUCAGUGGUCCAUGUGAAGCAGAAAUUGAUUGAUCAAAGUUUUGACCAGGCACAGAAGCCUCAUUCUUUGGUGAAGCAAGGCAUGAAUACUGUUCUACUGGAACAGCACAAUGCAAUUCCAAUUAGUUCAAAUGAUGAAUUGGAGAAGCAGUCUUCUAAAAUGUUUUUAUCCACCUCUGCAAGCUCUGUUUUUCCUUCAACGACAACACAGCUGGACUCUAGCAAGAUGGUAUAUCUCCCUCCCCCAUCUGGAACCAUAACGACAGCAACUAAUGUCAGGAAGACAUCAGACAUGCCUUCUAUUGGUCAGAAAAAACCUCUUGAGGCCCUAGGUUCUUCGAUGCCACCAUCACGAAAGAAACGAAAACAAUGUGGAACUUCUUCAGAUCGAAGUAUUAAAAAAUUUAAUGAUGUCACUGCUGUCAGUGGCAUCAAUCUUCAGGAAGAGGAAAAAAAUUUAUUAGGUUCUUGGCCCAAAAAGAACAGUCGUGUUUCUAAAGCAUCCCAAAGAUUUGUGCAGGAAGAAGAAGAAAAAACGUUUUUGCAGAAAAUUCCACUGCAGAGAAAGCUGACAGAAAUUAUGGCAAAAAGUGGUUUAAAGCAUAUAGACCAUGAUGUAGAGCGGUGCUUGUCUCUGUGCGUGGAGCAAAGGAUGCGAGGACUAUUGUCGAAUAUAAUACGAAUGUCAAAGCUGCUUUUGCAGCGGACUGAUCCCGAGAAGUGUAGAAACCAGACUUUUAUCACAUCUGAUAUCCGGAAAGAAAUUAAUGAAAUGAAUCAGAAGGUGAAAGAGGAAUGGGAAAAGAAACAUGGUGGAGAAGAAAAGGCUAAGAAUGAAGACAACCAUUCAAAACAAGUGACGGCAAAGGAGGACGCAGAUCAAAGGAGAGCUAAGGCUGCAAAUGUUGCUGUUCAUGCAGCCGUUGGAGGAGAUGAUAUGUUUUCAAAAUGGAAACUUAUGGCAGAAGCACGUCAGAAAUCUUCUCUAGGGCCAGGAAAAAACUCCAAAACACUCUCUAGUGAAAUUGGUGGUACACGAUUUGGAAAGAACCAGGGUUUACCAAAAGUAGUCCGGUCAAUCUCUGUGAAAGAUGUGAUUGCUGUGGUGGAACAAGAGCCUCAGAUGUCGAGAUCGACGCUAUUGUAUCGCUUAUACAAUAAAAUCUGCUCGGAUGUUUGAACCCAAGAGAAGAAGGCAUAGAUAGAAACUUCUUAGGACUAAUUUUUUUCUUCUUUAGUAGAAACUAUUAGAUUCUUUAUUCCAUUAAAAGUGAUGCCAUUACAAACUCCUAAACAUGAUCAAGAUGCUAAAGUACAUCCUUAUUUCUUAUCCUUCUACGA